GAUGGCAAAAUCUAUCCAAAGCGAUUUUAUUGAGUUUCAUGUCGCAAACCCAGACGAUUACAACUCAGUGUUGGAGUUUGUCCUAAAGUUCUACUACCACGAUGAGCCGAUGAACAAUUCGUACAUCUACGACAGCAGCCCAGCAGAAGAUGAUGUGGAAUUCUCCGUUUCAUUCCUGCUCCAGGGGAUGGCGGUGAAAGCUGUAGAUCGUCACCAGGCAAACCGUCUGGUAGGUGUCUCCAUUGCCAACCCAACCUAUCCCGGCUACGUCGAAGACUUAUUGCAAGCGGCUGACCAGGCAAGAACCCAAAAAUGGCGUGAUAGCUUGAAGCUUCUAGCUCACCUGCAGCAAUCCGUGAACAUUUUGAAGCGGUUCAACGUCCCAAAAUGCUACGACAUCGAGAUUGUUGCCGUUCAUCCGGAUUACAGGGGACAUGCAAUAGGAACCAAGCUGUUCGAGGAACAAUUCAAACGAGCGAAAUCCCUCGGAUAUCCCCUGGCAAGUGCGGAUUGCUCGAGUUUCUUUUCGGCGAGGAUUGCCGAACGAGUUGGAAUGAAAUGUAUCGGAAGGCUUGCCUACUCAGAUUACAGAGAUGGGAACGGAGUGCAGCUCUUUCGACCUAGUGAGCCCCAUCGGGAGAUACAAACGUUUGUCAUAGUUUUAUGAUAUUUUGUUUGAAUACGGUGAAAAAAAUGAAAUAAAAAUUGACGUUUGGUUCAA